UCCCAGUUCAAAGAUGGCAGCUUCAGGACAGAGACCAGCGACGACACACAUUUAGGAUCUCUGACAUGAAACCCUACUGGGGAAAACGGCUGUUACAUGAGCUGUUUUGACGGGGCUGCGACCUAAUUCACCGCCGCUAAUGUGCAGUCGGAGAGAGCAACUUAAACAGUUUAGAAAUAUCAUGUUUCCCUGUACGCUAAGCUAGCAAGCUACGGCUAGAAAAUAAAUGAACUGGUCUGUUCUGCCGCACAAGAGGAAACCAGUUUCCCUUCAAACGGUCCACUGACGUCUUGCUCGCUCAAAUUCACAAUGGCCAUCACACAGUUCCGUCUGUUCAAGAUCUGCACAUGUCUUGCCAGCAUACUUUCUUUCUUCAAAAGGUUGAUAUGCAGGAGUGGAAGAGGCCGCAAGCUCAGUGGCGAUCAAAUAACUCUCCCUACAACGGUGGAUUUUUCAUCAUCUGUACCAAAACAGCCAGAGAUUGAAGAAUGGAGCUCCUGGGAUGAGGAGGCGCCCACAAGUAUUAAGAUUGAAGGUGGAAAUGGGAAUGUUUCCACUCCAGCCAACGAUGUGGACGAAGAGCCUGACUACUUUAAAGACAUGGCUCCCACCAUCAGAAAAACUCAGAAGAUCGUGCUGAAGAAACGGGAGCCUUUGAACUACCUGGUGCCUGAUGGCUCAGCAGGAUUCUCCAGCAGACUGGCAGCCUCUCAGGACAUGAUGACCUUCAGUCCACCCUCAGCUGAACUGGGAGAAAUGGACAACUGGCAGGAGGACACGAACGCCUGGGAGGACGAGUCCGACGCCGCCUGGGAGGCAGAGGAGGUUCUCAGACAACAGAAGAUAGCCGAGAGGGAGAAGCGAUCCAUGGAGCAGCAGAGGAAAAAGAUGGAGAAGGAGGCCCAGAGGAUGAUGAAGAAGGAGCAGAAGAUUGCAGUGAAGCUUUCGUAACAUUUUCAAACCGCUCAGUUUGGAGCCAAAGGGAUGUGGGGCGUGGACAGAGACACUACAUCAGUCGUUACUCAUCCAGCCACCACACCGCUCACCGGUUAGCCGACGGUCCUCCUUCCUCUGUAUCCCACCAGCAGCCAUUUUCAUCUGUUGUCUAGCUGCAGCGGUGUUAAAACGCUUCAGUCCUGAUGGAAGGUGGCGCACCGGGUGUACUCACUGUUCAUGUAUCGAGGUCCUGUUGGUCUUUCUGGAGGAGUGGUGUCCAUACAAGUCAGUUCAUGUUCAUUUUAAAUGCUCUCAUCUGCUUUACAAAGAUUUUUAGACUCUGGUUCACUACGUUAGCAUAGAACAGUGUCCCGCUUUGAUUAUGUCCCAGGGGAAUUUGUAAAUAAACUGGUACCUGUGCUACCUUUUGGAGCUCAAAUAGGGAGUAUGGUUCCUUUUCUUUGCUUUUUCGAGACCACAGAGGAUGAGGGAGUGUAAUUUAUUUGAUGCAGCACUGUAUGACAGUGACGCCCCACGAUUUGUCUGAUCAUUGUUUUUAUAUUUAUGUCUUUCAUUGUCUAAAAACUUUUUUUUGUAUGAAUGUUGCUUUAUAAUUCACAUAAUCUCCCUUUGCUACAGAAAGCCAUUAUUACACUGGAAAUCUGCAUUAAAAAGAAGGGUGGGCGUUUUCAAAAUGCGCAUCUGCAGGCUGUGGGUUCCUAUGGUAAUCUCACAGUUACUGAUUUAUUCUCAUGGUUCUUUCAGCUUUGGACAGCGAGGCUAAACAUCAAGUAGGGAUUCUUGCUCCAGGCUGUUGAAUAACUGAUGCACUCACUGCAUCGACAACAUGGAUCACCAUCGCAGCGAAAUCUCCAACCUCGCAGCUUCACCAAUCAGAAGUUGGAGAAAAGUCAGCCCACCUCUCAUCUCGUCGCUAAACCCGGUGGUUUUUACUGAGGUUAUGAAGAAUCGCUGUAAUGAGAUUCCUGGUCAGUACUGGUGUUGUCAUGGAAACACUGGCAGGUUGGGAAGCUGAAAUAUGCAGACAUGAUACGGUUCAUCUUUGGUACAUGACUGAGAAGCAAAUUUAAAGACCUUAUGUUAGACUUUCUAAAGCUUUCCUAAUAGUACAACAGCUCUGGUUUAAUUUUCUUCAUCUUAAGACUUACUACUGUCAGCAGAGCUGCUGAUUUUGAUAAAAUAUUCAGUAAAAGGACAUUGCAUGAUGGGCUUUUACUGUUUCAAAUCCUGGGACAAACUGUAUUUGCAGAUUAGUGAAUUAUUGAAGAGGCAAGCUUUUAUUUUUCAUUGUGCACAGAAAUCCAGCACCAAAAAUCUUGUGUCAUGGUUUUUUUUCACUAUGUACCCUCAUGUCUACAAACUCUUAAUGGUUGGGCGACAAAGAAUUAUUUAAGUGGAGGAAUGGAUCCACAUGUUCUGUCCACAUUUGGCAGAUUGUGUACCUGCUGUGUUUGUCCAACCCAUGUUUUUAAUAAAAUAAUUUGAUUCAUACCUCAGCAAGCACAGCUAAAUCAUUCAACUCCUGUGUAAUUUGUAAAACUACUAGUAACCACAAUGAUAAAUUAGUUACAUUGGCUAUUUAUUACCUUUUCUAAGAAUAACUGAUCAAUAAUUGCACUGACUCAGCAAUUUGUUCAUUUGGAUCAACACAAAUUUCUUAAACUCUUUUAGUAGAUUUCUUAAAAAUGUCAAAACGUGUUAAUGAUCCACAGAGGAUAAUCCCUGCUGCCUUCAAGGACCUCUCAUGACUGGUUUUAUUUGAAAUGCACAGAUACCUUUUGUUUGCACUGCUGUGAAAUGAAUUAACAAAUAGAAAUUUGAUAUUAAACAAGUUAAAAAAAAAGUAGUCUCCAUCAG